UAUAUUUAGGCAUGCCAUAGUCAAAGAUAUAGUUAAUUCAUGAUAUUAAAUAAGGUUUAUUAGUGGUUUAGGUUUAACGCUUAGUUCGAUUAUUGAUUUAGAUCUUUUGUUACUAGAACACUAAUCUUAAACAAUCAAUUAAAACACACAAACCAGAAAGCCUUAUGAAUGAAGAUUCAUGAAUGGUACAUGUUAUUCAUAGGUCCAAUUUGAUAAAUUAGAAAGAUUAAGGUAGUUUUGGAGAAUAAAAGUAGGUAGGGGAGCAAAACUGCAAAUUCAUAAAAGUAUAUCAUCGUUGAAAAUUCAACUUUUCCAAAAGAAACUCUCAAUAAAUCCUCUAAAAAAAAUUAACGGAACAUUCCGUUUCUUUUUAAUCACUCUCAUCGUUUCAGAGACCAUCGAAGCUCGAUUUCAUUGUUUCUCUCAGAACGAUAUCUAUUUGAGCAGAUAAAAAUCAUAACUUUUGACUUUGUUAUUCAGUUUCUUAGUGUUCUUCGUCUGCUUUUUGGUCAAAGCUUGGAAAAACGAGUGUGAAAUCACGAUGGACGGCGACGGUUUAGGCAGACUAAUCGGCUCGGAGAUUCAUGGAUUCCAUACCUUACAAGAUCUUGAUGUACAGACAAUGUUGGAGGAAGCAAAAAGCAGGUGGCUACGGCCAAACGAGAUCCAUGCAAUCCUCUAUAACCCGAAAUACUUCACUAUCAAUGUCAAGCCAGUGAACUUACCCAAUAGUGGCAGAAUUAUAUUAUUCGACCGUAAGAUGUUGAGGAACUUCAGAAAGGAUGGUCAUAACUGGAAAAAGAAAAAGGAUGGAAGGACAGUCAAAGAGGCUCAUGAACACCUGAAAGUUGGUAACGAGGAAAGGAUUCAUGUAUACUAUGCGCAUGGUGAAGAUAACACUACCUUUGUUCGAAGAUGUUAUUGGUUACUGGAUAAGGCUCGAGAGAACAUCGUCCUUGUACAUUACCGUGAUACACAGGAGGCAGCUACAACAUCGGGGGACUCAAUCUCUAGUCCAAUCUCCGUCUCGGAACAAACAUUCCCUAAUCGCGUGGCAGCUGAAGAUAUUGAUACAGUUGUUAGAAAUCAUGAUAUUAGCCUUCAUGAUAUCAAUACGCUUGAUUGGGAUGAGCUGCUAGUACCAACCGAUCUUAAUAACCAAUCUGCACCAACCGUAGAUAAUCUUUCAUAUUUCACAGAACCGCUCCAAAAUGCUGCAAAUGGCACUGCAGAGCAUGGGAAUGCGACAGUGGCUGAUGGAUCUCUUGAUGCUUUGCUUAACGAUGGUCCACAAAGUCGAGAGAGUUUUGGAAGGUGGAUGAAUUCAUUUAUCAGCGAAUCUAAUGGCUCACUGGAGGAUCCUUCCUUUGAACCCAUGGUUAUGCCUAGGCAGGAUCCAUUAGCUCCUCAAGCUGUAUUUCAUUCUCACUCUAACAUACCUGAGCAAGUGUUUAACAUAACCGAUGUUUCACCUGCUUGGGCCUAUUCUUCCGAGAAAACUAAGAUUCUGGUAACUGGGUUCUUGCAUGACAGUUAUCAACAUCUCGAAAGAUCAAACCUUUAUUGCGUUUGCGGUGACUUUUGUGUCCCUGCGGAAUAUCUCCAGGCUGGAGUCUACCGUUGCAUCAUACCUCCACACUCGCCUGGUAUGGUAAACCUCUAUCUUAGUGCAGAUGGACACAAACCAAUCAGCCAAUGUUUCAGAUUCGAACACCGUGCAGUCCCAGUUCUUGAUAAGACCGUCCCUGAAGACAAUCAAGAUUCCAAAUGGGAAGAGUUUGAGUUCCAAGUUCGACUUUCUCAUCUUCUGUUUACGUCUUCCAACAAACUCAACGUUCUCUCCAGCAAAAUCUCACCUCAUAACCUGCGAGAUGCUAAAAAACUCGCUAGCAAAACAAAUCAUCUCUUAAACAGUUGGGCUUAUCUAGUCAAGUCCAUCCAGGGGAAUAAGGUAUCGUUUGAUCAAGCGAAAGAUCAUCUCUUCGAGCUUUCUCUGAAGAACAGGCUUAAGGAAUGGCUUAUGGAGAAAGUGCUUGAAGGUCGCAACACAUUGGAUUAUGAUUCUAAAGGCCUCGGCGUGAUCCACCUCUGUGCCAGUCUUGGAUACACUUGGUCAGUCCAGCUGUUCUCAUUGUCAGGCUUAUCGUUGAAUUUCCGUGAUAAACAAGGGUGGACUGCUCUUCAUUGGGCAGCAUACUACGGAAGGGAGAAAAUGGUGGCUGCUCUUCUCUCUGCUGGGGCAAGACCGAACCUGGUGACAGACUCGACGAAGGAUAAUCUUGGUGGAUGCAUGGCAGCUGAUUUGGCACAGCAAAACGGAUAUGACGGUUUAGCUGCUUAUCUUGCUGAGAAAUGUUUGGUUGCUCAGUUUAGAGACAUGAAAAUUGCUGGAAACAUCACUGGCGAUCUGGAGGCUUGCAAGGCAGAGAUGUUGAACCAAGGCACUCUACCGGAAGAUGAGCAGAGUCUCAAGGAUGCUCUUGCAGCAUACAGAACAGCUGCAGAAGCAGCGGCUCGGAUUCAAGGUGCGUUUAGGGAAAAAGCGCUAAAGGCAGCACGGUCAAGCGUGAUUCAGUUUGCUAACAAAGAAGAAGAGGCCAAGAGCAUAAUCGCGGCGAUGAAGAUUCAGAAUGCGUUCCGGAAAUAUGAUACACGUAGGAAGAUAGAAGCCGCUUACCGGAUUCAAUGCAGGUUCCAAACUUGGAAAAUACGAAGAGAGUAUCUGAACAUGCGGCGCCAAGCAAUUAGGAUCCAGGCUGCUUUCAGGGGAUUACAAGCAAGGAGGCAGUACAAGAAGAUAUUGUGGUCGGUAGGAGUAUUGGAGAAGGCAGUUUUGAGGUGGAGACAAAAGAGAAAAGGGUUUAGAGGACUCCAGGUUGCAGCAGAGGAGGAUUCUCCUGGUGAGGCACAGGAAGAUUUCUACAAGACAAGCCAGAGACAAGCAGAGGAGAGGCUCGAGAGAUCUGUAGUGCGAGUACAAGCCAUGUUCAGGUCUAAGAAGGCUCAACAGGAUUACAGAAGGAUGAAACUCACUCAUGAAGAAGCUCAGUUGGAGUACGGUUGCCUGGAAGAUAUUUGAUACAUCAAAAUGGCUAUGGAGAGGUGAGUCAAAGAGAGUUUGGUGUUGAUUGUUAAACAUGGAUGGUAAUUGAUCUGUAAAUUAUGUGAAUGGGAAAGGCUACUCUCGAUCUUUCUGCAACUGGUUUAGAAUAAAGUAUACAUAACGAGACCUAAUCUCUGUUGUAUGAAAAAGAGAGACAGAAUUAACAAAUAGGUAUUGUAGUUAUUUGUCUAUUUCUGUAACUGGGUUCCUAUGUGACUUUGGUGUAAUCUAGACUUGUAUAUUUGUAGAAUAAAAUUGCAAGUAACCAGAGAAAUAUCUUAUGAACAUUUGUACAUUAAA